AUGCAAAAGUAUCAUACUAGUGAUUCUGAGCAUGGGGAUGAAAAAGAGGGAAAUGCUCCUGUUAAGGGGAAAUUGGAUGAGGAGAUGCAGAAUGCUGAUGACGUUGCUGAAGACAUAUCUGAAGAUGGCUCUCCAACAAUUGUAAAGCCAAGCACUGAUAGUCCAGAUGACAAAGAAGAAGAUGAUCAUUCUAUGUCCAACCUUCAUACGAAGCCUGCUGAGGACGAAGAUGAGGAACAAAAUAAUGAACCAGAGAAUGAGCAAAACAAAGACAUGCCCAAGACUAAACCAACUUUUGAUGCUUCCAAAAGGACCAUAGAACCUUCGAUUGGAAACAUUGUUGCCCUCUCUUUAGAAGAGCUUAAAGCGCUGAAAAAGAGAAAAUCAGUGGAAUACCUAAAGGCCAUUAUCAGUUCAAGGGGUAGUUCUACUGAGAAAAGCCCUAGUACUCCAACAGUGUAA